GUUGGAGUAUUUCGAGGUUUCAAGAUGGCUACCUCCAGUAGCAGCAGUUUCGCUCCCUCUCUUGUUCAGACCGUGUUGAAGGUUUCGCUAAUAUCGUUAUUAGCGGUGACAUUUGUCUCCGCUUCCCAGGAAAAAACCAAGACCGUGGAGUUUAAUGUGAGGCCCGGCGGGAUGGUGCACAGCUUCUCCGAGAAGAUUGGCGAAUACGGCUGCUCUUUUACCUAUGCUUCACAAGGAGGGACCAACGAGCAAUGGCAGAUGAGUGUGGGCAUCAGUGACGACGAGCGCCUCUUCUCUUGCUCGGUCUGGAGACCCCAGGGGAAGUCUUACCUCUUCUUCACUCAGUUCAAGGCAGAGGUGACGGGAGCUAAAAUUGAAUAUGCCAGCGCCUAUUCUCAGGCGGCCGUGGGUGGACAGAAGGACGUGGCGCUGAAGGAGGAGGAGUAUACUGUGGGGGACACCUCAGUGACACAGAGAGAUGGCAAGUUCCGCGCCGAGCUGUCCAAGCUCACCAUCAUCGCCCGCACACGCCACGACGAGCUCUGAGCGGCCGGGCUCCGCCGCCGCCAGGAGGAGCGCCCUUUUAGGACCGAGCGGGGAACUUUCUCUGACCUCCUGCAGGGCUGUCUCGGCGGACCCUUCCGUUUUCUCUGAACGGCUGGCGAGGAGCCGCCCCAGCCGCCCCUCGGGAACGUCUCCGCGGCUGCGCUCCUUCGCUGCGGGAGGCUGUUGGUUUAUAGAACUGAAAAUUUGUCUUUGUUCUAGGCUGCGCGUUUGAAAACAUGAUUAAGAUUCAUGAGGGGGUUGAUUUGAAAGCUGCGGUUUGGAGUUAGGGUCUGAGAGCUACUUGGGUGUAUGUUGAUAGUAUGUUGUCUGCAAGUACAGAGACCUUGAUUUCUCCCUGACAUUUUGAGCCUUGCCUGUCCUGUGCAAACAUACUACCAUUAUGUUAUUAUUUCCUUUAAUUUUCUGCAGUUUUUUUUUUAAUUUUUCAAGGACAAGUUUUUUCUUUUGUAAGCCACGCUCCUAGACUACUUUUGCACACACAUUGUCAACGUCGUUGCAAACGGGUGAAUAAUAAAUCUGCAAAACCUUCUCCGUGAGAUUCCCCGUUCCCAGAAUUCUGCCGCCUUGUGACGUUGCCGCCGCCUUGUGACGUUGCCGCUGGUCCGGGGGCAGCGCUGCUUCCUCCUUCCGCCAGCAGGGGUCACUGUGGAAACACAAAUGAGAUUUUUACAGUGCAAUAACAUGCUUAGAUUGGGUUACUGAAGUUUUUCAUCCUUAUGUUUUUUUUUUACUUUUUUUUUUCCAGUUUACAAUGAGCAGUAAAUAAGGAUCAUAUUAAACUCUUGUCAACAAGCGUGA